CUUGCCUGAGUGGCGUGUAUGUGUGUGAGAGAAAGAAGGGGGUUUCAGCUGCUGUCCGGUGUUUAGCGAGGUAGCAGCUAGGCUGUGCCAGCAGCGGCUAACAAGAUGCACACAGCUAGAGCUGUGUAUAGUGUAGAGGUGCCUGCUAGCUAGUAUAUGUUUUUUAAAGAGGGAAAACAGCUGUUACGGUACGACACAAACGCUAGCAGACAUGGCCGGGAUUAUUAAAAAGCAAAUUCUGAAACAUUUGUCAAGGUUCACCAAGAAUCUCUCCCCGGACAAGAUCAAUCUGAGUACACUGAAGGGGGAGGGGCAGCUGUCCAACCUCGAGCUUGAUGAAGAGGUUCUGCAGAACAUGCUUGACCUGCCUACCUGGUUGGCUGUCACUCGGGUCUACUGCAACAAAGCUGCCAUCAGGAUACAAUGGACAAAGUUGAAAACAAGCCCCAUCUGCCUGUUCUUGGAUAAGGUAGAGGUAGAAAUGAGAACAUGUGAAGAGCCUCGUCCACCCAAUGGCCCCUCUCCUAUAGCUAUUACAGCAGGCCAGAGCGAGUACGGCUUUGCUGAGAAAGUGGUGGAAGGCAUGUCUGUCAGGAUAAACUCCAUUACCAUCAAAGUGCAGGCUCGUGCCUUCCAUGCCUCCUUUGAGCUCUGGCAGCUACAAGGCAACAGCCUCAACCCAAAAUGGCAGCGUAGUGACCUCCGCUACACCCGCGUCACCGACCCAAAGAGAGGAGAGGUUUUGACAUUCAAAGAAAUAAACUGGCAGAGUCUACGAAUCGAGGCAGAUGCUAUUGAGAGUGACGACCAGGACCUUGGUAGCACCCCGUUACGUCUCAUCACCAACCAAGGACGUAUUCGCAUUGCUCUAAAACGCAGAAUAAAGGACUGUAAUGUUUUGGCAUCCAAGCUGCUAUUCAUUCUUGACGACCUGUUAUGGGUGCUGACGGACUCCCAACUCAAAGCUAUCAUCCAUUAUGCCAAAUCUCUCAGCGAGGCCAUGGAGAAAUCUGCCCAGCAGAGGAAGAGCAUGACUGCUGAAUCCCUGCAGACUGCUCCCCCAUCACCUGGCCUCCACAGCCUGUGGACAGAACCCCCACCUGCUCCUGCCGGCACUCCCAGCAACAUGAGUCAAUACUUUGAUCUGUAUGACGUCAAGGAAUCUUCUUACCACACCUUCAUAUCCCGCUUGGAUUUACACGUAUGCAACGAUAGUUCUUCAGCGGAUGAAGAUGAGCCUCCCCCACCUGGCUUGCAGGGUGCGAUGCAGCUGACCUUCAGGAAGCUUGGUUUUGACUACUACCCCAUCCACAGACCUGCUGAUGGAUGUCGACACUGGGAGCGCCACAGUGGAGCCAUGGAGGCUCAGGCCCAGUGGGCUGGGAAACUGCUGCAGGAGUACCAUAGGAAAGUAGAGGCCUCUGGGUUCCCGGGGCCACACACUGAGGUGCCUCAGCAUACAAAGGACUCUCCUGCAAAGACAGCUCAAGAUGGACAAUCCAGUCCCAAGUCGAACGCCUCUGACAAAGAGCAGGCAACCAGCAAGAACUCUUCGACAGCUCCUACAGGAUCAUCACUGAAGAGGCUGAGAUCUAGCUGUGUGGUGGUCAGGAUGGAUGAUGUGGACAUUCACCAGGUAUCUACAAGGGGCCGCCAGAACAAGAAGACCCAGUCUUUAUUAUCCUGUAACCGUAAAGCUCUGCGUUUGCCAGACAACAUACCAGCAGUUCAUCUGCAGUUUACUGAAUACUACUUCCCUGACAACCCCAGUCUAUCAGUACCCACCUCAAACCUGUACGCCCAGUUAAACAGCCUGCAGCUGUGUGUGGACCCAGCCAGUGUGCUGUGGAUCAGCCUUUUCUCCAGAGGUCUGCUCCACACUCUGGACCAGGUCAAAGCUUUCUACCAUUUGCAAGACAGUAGCAAGGCUGAAGAGCAUGUAGACAUCCGCAUGGAUGCAGCCCAGCUAAAGUUGAUAAUUCCCUUGGAUUCUUCCAUAUUGGACCAUCCAGAGCGUCCACAGUCCCUGUCUGUUACUGUACCCCAGAUGGUUCUCAGCAACACCCGCCACUGCCCCCAUGGCUCCAGAGCUGACCUCAACACUAUCUAUGACAAGUUCGCCAGCUGCUCUUUCUUCCAACCCACACCACCCUGCCCUUACCCAAGAGACCUGAGUGCCUUCCACCCCAUUCCCUCCACCUUCCUCCAUCACGCUCAAGAGACUGAGCCCCAGCCUCUAGACAGAAAGCAGUUACGAUCAGAGGAUGUCUGGUCUCUCAGUCUGUCCCGUGUAACCCUAGGUUUUGAUGGAGCUCGGCGAUUUCCCAAAGGCAGGACCCAGCCUUUCGUUGAGCCCUUCGCCAUGUCUGUGUGGAUGUGUCAGCCCGCUGCCUUUAAAAACAGUUUACUGUCUUCCUCCUCCAGUCCCAGCAGAGCCCACCAGCCUUCUCCAGAACAGGAAGAGGCUUUGUUUGCCUCUUUCCACUUCCUGGCUCACACCAUCACUCCAGUGAAAUUGUGGCUCAACCACUACCAGUAUGUAGCGCUGCUGAGAAUGAAGGAUGCCAUGGCUCGGUUGGGGGCAGAGUUGGGGCGGGAUCUACGAGAUGUUAAACAGGCUCACGACCAGAAGACAAAACCCGCUACCGUUUGCGUUGCCCUUCUGGUGGACUCAGCAGAACUAGGUCUCCUGUUGCCACCAGUCAGCUCAGAACCAGAGGAAGAAGUCCCCCACACUCCAGAGACAGACAGCCCCAGCAUAACAGACUCUGACCUCUCCCCAACACAUCACUCUGCAGAUGUGGUCUUGGAGGACAGCGGGAUGGAAAACGGCAUCUCCUCCAUCAAUACAGCUGCCUUUGACCAGGAUGAACAAGAUGGUGUGGUGGAGGAGGCGUGCGAGGCUGUGGAGGAGGGGCCAGAAGGGGAUGGUUUGACAGCACAAGGGGACACUUCCGUCCUCUCACCUCCCCUCUCACCUGGACACUCACCCGUCCUCUCCCGCGAGCCGUCCACCUUUAGCCUGGAGGGAGAGCUGUCAAGCGCCAUUAACGUCACCAAGGAUGUGACCAAAGAUGCCAUUAGUGCCUCACUGGACCUGACCAAAGGCGCGUUUUCAAUUACAAAAGAUGCGUUCAGCAUCCUGAGUCGUGGCUCGGGGAUGAGCAAAUUGUUCAGUCCACAGGCGAAGGAACAGGUCCAGCGCUCAGAAGAGUCCUCCCCCUCAUUGGCUGCCAGCCUGCGCCACCAGUCCAUGAAGCAGUCGCCUUCCCAGCAUUCCUUUGAUAGUGCUAUCCUGGAGGGCAGCCUACCUGAUGAAAAUCUAUCUGUGGAUAGUGACAUCAGUGAAAAUUUUGUUGUUCUCAUGGACUCAGAGUCAGGUAUGGAGUCGGUGCGUCCCAGCAACACUCCAGCAGGCAGCAGGGGCAGCCCAGCCCCAGGGACAGAAGGAGGUUCAUCAGCUGACCUCAGCAGCUCCCUGUCCCAAAGUACUGAGGAUGUGUCUCAGGACAUGUCGUCAGUGUUGUUACUGAUCGUAAGUGGAACAGCCUGUACCAUGGAAGUAAAGGGAGAAGAUCAAGUUGUGGCUGUGGAGGCCCAAAAUGUGAGCCCUGUGCAGAUGGGUACUGUCAGGAUAUCUGACCUGCUGGCUGGUGUCAUACAAGCUCCAGGUGGACCAGUCCAGAAGCAGAAUAGGCAGGGUGGCAGGGGCUCUCCAGUAGUGCACAUGCGAGCAGAAAUGGGUCCAUCUGCAGCCCGACACUCUGCUGUGGCUGAGUCUUUGGGAUUCUUGGACAUGAGGGUGCAAGACUGCCAGGCAGAGUUGUUAGCCUCCACAGUGGCUAACAUUGGGCCUUUUCUCGAAGACGAAUUCAGUGUUGAUGGUCAGCCGAUGAAGUUACAUAUGAGCAACGUCACCAUCACUAUGAAGGAUGAUGGCCCUAGAAACUACCCUACAGCCCCUCAACCUGUCCCAGCCACAUUCAUUGUAGAUCAGCUUCUCCUUGAGCGCUGUGACGAUGGCAUCAUGAGGCUCAAAGCCUCAGCUGGUGCUCCUGGGGCUGGCCCAGACAACGCAAACAGUUCCUGCACUGUUCAACAGCAGAGCAAGAGACGGACUCUGGAGUCGCAGCUCUCUGAUGCCCAGGCUGCUCUCACCCAGGCCCUUGGUGACAGAGAGCGCCUCCUUCUGGAAAUCAGAAAGUAUGACCCCACGUUUACUCUCUGAGCCUUUCUGUCAGCGCCUCUGAGCACUACUUUAUCACUGCUCCUGCUGAGGAACUGUGAUGUAUCAGGAUGAACGUCAGGAACCAGUAAGACUUGCGCACAGCAUGUCUGGGCAUUGGACAUGUUUGAAAAGAAAAUUAAGCCAGGUUGUGGCUUUGGAUCACUUCCCACUUCUAUAUAAUGCUACUCAUGAGAUUACAAAAGAGCCCUUAUAACAAUAUUACUAGAAGGGGAAUUUAGUGAACAAACCUAUAGGUACAUUACUGGUACUACCUUUAAUUGGGGAAUUCUAGAUAUCCCUCACUGCUGUACUAAACACAAAUUAUUCUGGUUUUCUCAUUUGAAUCAGUGUGGACAGUGAACUCAUUGUGUGGUUUCAGUGUUUGUCACAACACAGCAUGCAAGGGUAGAUAUCAUCAAGCUUUAAUUCUCUCCAGUUUGUUAUUUGUGUUACAGAAAAUGUUGAGUCAAGCACAUGCCAAAAUCUCCUUUUAACAUGCACUGACACUGCCAGACAGCUGCUAGUCCAUCAGUCGCUCCUACACAACACAAGUCAGCAUGCUUUGUGAACAGUGCUAAUUUACACAUAGCACAUUUACAGAUAGUCAUAAAGCUAAAUAGGCUUAGUAAUGUAGAGUACUUCCGUUUUAGUGUAAAAUAGAUCCAUGUGUUUCUUUUCAUUUAUAAGUAUUAUAAAAAAAAAUAGUCUCAGCUGUUGUUGAAAAUGUGAUGUAAAAGGUAGGGAAAACAAUGCACUUUUUUUUAACAACAACAACAAAAAAAAGCAGAACUACACUGCUUUCAUGGAGAGAUGGAUGCAUCUCAGUUUCCACCUCAGUUGUUUUAUCACCAGGGUGGAACAGUUACACACACACUUAUCAAGUUUUCGCUGUUCUCAAAAAAGCGGGUUGAAUCAUUCCCCAGUGUUAUAUUAUUCUUAGUUAGUUGUGAAAUUGUUGAUCAUGCUUCUUUUGUACUGUGAAACAAUGUGCUCUGUUGGUUGAAUGUCCACUCUAAGACGACACGCCUUCUCGCACUCUCCCCCUCGGCUGUGGAGAGCAGGUUGCACAGUAGCUUCAGUAUUGUAACCGGGUUAGUCUUUUCACUCUGGUUUUAAAGUGGUUCGGGGUUAUACCAGCAACCAGAGAUAGAAUACUUGAUCUUCUUGAUACUAGUUUUGUAGCUUGCUAGGACACAACUCAAGACUGCUAGUGUUAUUACCUCUGUACACAUGUAUCAUGUUUAGUGAUCAGACUGUGUAUGUUGUUUUACAUGUGUAUGUUUAUUUAGAUUUGUCAAUACAUGUUUUUUUUUUUUAUUUUAUUUUUGUUAGACCAGAUUGACUACAGAGUAUUGAAGCCAUAUCAAUCAAAUGAAGUGACACUUUAAAAAGUGUCACUGAUAAUAUGUACACACAGUGUUUUAAGUAUAUUACCAAAUUCACUACAAAAACUAUUAUAUUUCACUAUGUUUAAUCCUCAUCUGCUGCAGAGUUUAUCUCUCAGGUCAGUUGCCAGUUUAAAUGAAUUUAUCCAUGCAUAAAUCUAUUAUGCAUGGAUACAAACAAUGGUGGAUUUAUUCAUCAAACAGACUGUUUAAGAGCAUAAAAUUAAUUUCAUGAUUCUUUGUCAGCCAUAUUUUAUGUACAAAUGUUCUAUUGUUACAUCAAUGAUUUAGUGUUUUUCUUUUAGAGAUACAGUUGUCUGUUUUUAUGGUUGCAAAGCUGUAACAUCCACCUCUCAUUUCCAUUCAUCAGUGUUUUAUUGUGUACUUGGGAGACCUCUGGUGGCUGUAGCUUGCCAGAACAGCCUCAUCCAAAGUACUAGUAUUUAUUCUUUUUCUUUAUUUCUUUCCUUUAAAAAAAAAAAUCUUUGGUUGCCUUGCAAGCUAUGAAUGACAGAUUUUCAUUCUUAAAGAGGAAUGUAAAAUAUUUAAGCAAUAUAGAAAGACAGCUUUGGUUUAACCAAAAACACGACAAAGAACGGUAACACUACACAUUUUUGAUGUGGAAUUCUUUAAUUCUUAAGAUGACUAAUAUCAAAGAAAAAUGAUUUACCUGUCUACCAGGUUAUAGUGUUUUCUACUCAACUGCAUGUGGACUCAACACAUCCUCAGUCUGUCAGUGUAAUAAGGCAGGGAUACUGCCCUUUAACCUCAGUGUCACUUAUAGUUGUGAUCUUCUUCUCAGCUUUUGGUGUUUUAUGUUUUUGCAUGGCCUUAGUAACAAAGAUACAGUGGUACGAAAUUGAACGUCCCAUGCUGGAUGCAACAUGUAGCUGUAAAGUUUGCCCAGUUUCUCUCUCCUCAGUCAGGCCUCAGUGUUAAGUAGCAUCCCCUAAUCUGCUGACAAACUGGUGCUCUGAUAACCUGUUACAUUAGACUUCUUUUGCACUCCAGAGCAGGCCAGGGUUUCCAUGACAACGUGACCCUUACCCAGUGUGCCAUGCAAACAGGAGGAGAUGGACAGAGAGUGAGGCAGGACUCACUUCAAGGUGUGUCUUGUUCUCUCUAGAUGCAUGUACUGAAGUGGUGUUGUAUAGUUAUGCCUUGUGGAUUACUUGCACUUGUGUGGUAAACUCACUGGAAAUUGCACUUGUUUUAAUGUAAAUCACUUCAGAGGAUCACAGAGGAGUCCUUUUGAAAUCUUCCCUAAGUGAUGCAGAUAUUAAAGCCCCUGUGGACAGUAUUUUUUUUUUUUUUUUGUCAGUUGUGUAGGAUUACAUUGAAUUUUGUAUCAUCUUUACCACUUCAUUGAGACUAAUAUAAAAUUGGUUCUGUGAACCAAAGCUAGUAUGUGGAAAAUAUUUUAAAAGUGAAAGAAUAAAUGAUUAAUUACUGAACACUU